UUAACAUAUUGUUAUUGUUAAGUGUAAACAUCAAAUUUUCAAGUCAUAAUUAAUAUACACAAAAUUUAAAAUAUCAUAAUUUUUUCGUUGCCGCAAUGUCUAGUGAUAGUAUUUUUGAAUAUUUACAUUCCGAAAUUGUAAACUAUUCUCAAUUUAAAAGUAAAAAUCAGAAAGAUUUAACGAUACUAGAUAGCAUUGGAUUCACAACUGGAUUUCGACUAAUAGAGCGCUUAACUAGGGAAGUACCACGAUUUGACGAGCUUGAGGCAAUGAAGUUUAUUUGCACUGAUUUUUGGACUGUCAUUUACAAAAAGCAAAUAGACAACCUUAGAACAAAUCAUCAUGGCGUGUACGUGUUACAAGAUAAUUCCUUUAGAUUUUUAACCAGAUUAUCAUCUUGUAAAUUGGAACAUGCACCAAAGUAUGUAGCUUUUACAUGUGGUCUUAUAAGAGGAAGUUUAGCGAAUCUUGGUAUAUCCAGUACGGUCACGGCUGAAGUAGGAAAUCUCCCCUCUUGCAAGUUCCAUGUUCAAGUAAAUAGAAAAAAUGUUUAAGGCAUAAAUCGUGUUUAACCAACUCCUGUAAAAUUGAAAUAAAAAAAUUUCUCAA